AAACAUUUGUGGCACUUCUACACCUUCCUCCAGGGAACAUGGAUAAAGACACUUCAGCAACACCUGAGAAACAGACAGGAGCUAAAAUGAAGGCAGAAGAUGUCUUGAAAGCUUUGGAUGACUUAAGUGAGGAUGAGUUAAAAAGAUUUGAGUGGUUCCUGCUGCAACCUGAAACCAUUCCUGGGCUCCCACCAAUCAAGAAGGGAUACCUUAAAAAGACAAAAAGCCUCAAUAUUGUGGACGUGAUGAUGCAUACUUAUACACUUGAACGAUGCAUGGAGGUGACCAGCAAGAUUUUAGAAAAAAUUCAAAGGAAUGACUUAUUACAGAUAUUGAUAAAAGAUUGGAGGAGGAAGACGGAGGCUGAAGUUCAGGAGAUGAUCCAGGAGAGACGACUGAAGAUCCAGGAGAUCAGAGAGACGGUGAAGAUCAGUAGAGAUGCUGCAGACAGAGAGAAAGCAGAAGGUGUUCAGGUCUUCUCGGUUCUGAUGGAGUCUGCUGAGAGAGGCCUGAAGGAGCUCCUCAAAGAGAUCCAAGACAAACAGGAAGCGACAGAGAAAGAAGCUGAAGACUUCAUCAGAGAUCUGGAGCAGGAGAUCUCUGAGCUGAAGAAGAGGAGCUCUGAGGUGAAUUUCCACCAAAGUUUCUCCUCUCUGAGAGAGGAUCCACCAAACAAGAACUGGGUAGAGGACAGAGUUCAUCCACCAUCAUAUGAGGGGACUGUGGAGAGAGCUGUGGCUCAGCUGGAGGAGAAGAUGAAGAAGAUGCUGGAAAUGAGAAGGGUCCAGCAGUUUGCAGUGGAUGUGACUCUGGAUCCUGAUACGGCUCAUCUUAAACUCAUCCUGUCUGAUGAUAGAAAACAGGUGAAACAUGGCAAUGAUUGGAAGAAACUGCCAGACAAUCCAGAGAGAUUUUCUAAGUGUGUUUUUGUUUUAGCAGAGCAGAGUUUUUCUUCAGGCAGAUUUUACUUUGAGGUUCAGGUUAAAGGAAAGACUGACUGGGAUUUAGGAGUGGUUAGAGAGUCUGUAGACAGGAAGGAAAUACUUCCAAUGAGUACCAAGAACGGUUUCUGGACCUUAGUGUUGAGAAAUGAAAAUCGGUACUCAACAGGGGAAAAGACUUCGAAGCUUUUCGAUCUCCAUCCUGGUCCAGAGAAGGUCGGGGUGUUUGUGGAUUAUGAGGAGGGUCUGGUCUCCUUCUAUGAUGUAGAUGCUGCAGCUCUGAUCUACUCCUUUACUGGCUGCUGCUUCAAGGAGAAACUCUACCCAUUCUUCAGUCCUUAUCUUAAUAAUGGGGGUAAAAACUCUGCUCCUCUGAUCAUCUGUCCUGUUAGUCAGGCUGGUCGUUGAUCUGAUGAAAAUCCAUGAAGAAUGAAUAUAAAUGACUGCUUCUCUCUUACAACAAAAAAUGUACUUCUCUACACUCUGGAUUUUUUUUUUACUUUUACUGUGUAAAAACUUUUUAUUGAGUGCAUUCUGAAACAAUUAUAUUAUUCUUGUAUAGGCUGUGCUAUAUUAAAAUGACAUAUAUGUAACAGUGYUUAGGUUGUAGAAUCCCACUUGCUUUAUGCAUCAGUACAAUGGGGAAAUAACACCCCCUCUCUGUGUGGCUGGUUAUAUGCUGCUAGCUCCUGUACUCAGUGCCAGCCUGUGAAAGCUGCACGAGAGGUCAGUUGCAUUCUUCAGCACACCGAGUAGAAAAAUGUUAGCAACAGAUAAAACAUAAUUUUUAUUAACUUAGAUAAAUAGUGUGUAAUUAAUAUUUACUAGAUAUGUGCUUGGCACCAAUUUUUGUACUUUUAAUUUGAUCAUAAAACACUUCAUGUGCUAAGUUAAAAAGCUAACAUAACACUCGCUCUGUUGUAAUGUGCUGAUUGAAGCUGAGCCGUUGCACUGAUUUGAACCUGAUAUGUUCUCAUUCAGGAAAUAAACUGCAGAUCACCCAGAAACUCCUUGUCUUCAUUAAAAAACUACACAACACAGAGUCGAGGGGUUACUUGGGCCGGCCCGGUACAGAGGAGUGAAGCAGAACCCGGUUACAUAUAUACAACAAAAWAAUUUACUAGAAGUAUUUUUUCUUAUUGCCUA